ACAGUCACUCGUAUUGGUCUCACCGUCUCACUGUCUCAGGCGUUUCUUGGCGCCGCGCGCGGAGAGGGCGCGGGAAGGGAGGGAGGGAGGGAGAUGGACGCCGAGGCCGGCGAGGCGGGGGAGGCGUCGACGAGCGGCGCGGCGGUGCCGUUCGGCAGGUCGUCGUCGCGGCUCGGCGGGCCCGGCGCCGAGAGCUUCGACGGCGCGCUCAGGGAGCUCAAGGAUCUCCGGUCGCAGCUGCACGAGGCCGCGGACUGCUGCGAGAAAGCGUUCCUCAAAACCGAGAAGAAGAAGCUGAUUCUGGAGGGUACAAAGAGCUACAUCUGCGAUGCAGUCGUAGCUGUGGUUGAUCACUUGGGGACUGUUUCGUCCAAGCUUGAGCACAAGCUGCAGGAGAAGACUGACGUCACACAGGCAGAACGAAAGAUCAACUUCUUGAAACAGAGGCUUUUGACAUGCGAACAGUAUGUCACUUCCCGGAAGCUUUUGACUGUGCGAGGAGAUCCUGAUGCCAUUCAAUAUCAUCGUCGUUACAUCUCACAAUCUGUUCAAUGGACCAAACAGGAAAAUGGUGCUAGCUCGAGUAAAAAUGGUCUGGAAGUUCUGAAAGUUACUGGCCCAAAACUAUCUGGAGCUGGCCUCACUCUCAAACCUUAUGAUGUUCAACCAUCAACUGGGAAAGAACAUACCACGGCAUCUGCAAGUUUUGAUGACAGCCCAAGGACCCUAAGAAGGUCAUUUUCUUUUAGAGUAGAGGAUGUUCACAUUAUUCUAGGUGAUGACAAGAAGAAGGCCAAUCAUGGGAGUAACAUCUUGUCAUUUCUCAAGAAAACUAGGCGGCAUGCAUAACCUGAUAAACCUCCAAAAGGCAACGGGAUAGCGUAGCAGUACUCUCUCUGUUUUUUUUCCCGGAUUGUGUAGCGGUAGUAGAAAGUACUGAACGAAUUUGUUCAACGAACUUAAGGCUUGUUUGGCUCCCA